AUGUCGCUCACUACUGUUCAAACAUCGUGGGCGAAGUUUGGAAAUUGUCGUGAUUUCGCGAUCAUUAGAAGGAACAUAAUCGCGAUGGCUUCCGGCAUUUACGUUCGUUUUUAUGAUACUGCGAGUGGAGAGACGCAGGUGGAACGAUUCGACGGUGGUGAGAGAGGAGAUGGCGCUUGUUGUCUCGCUGGCCUUUCUGUUGCACCGAUCUUCUCUGUGAUCGAGAGGAAAGCCAACCCCAGGAUCUCGGUGUUCGCUUAUCCUACGAUACGAAGAGUCAGCCUGUGCGCCGGAAGUCGAGAAUCGAACGGCUACGCGUGUUGCACGUUCGCUGGCACCGAAUACCUGCUCUCUCAUGCAACUUUCCCAGAUUUCUCACUGAUAGUCUGGCAGUGGAGAACUGGCGAACGAUUGGCGAUAAUAAACGAGACGGACGCGACGACAUUCGACGUGGAUCGCACGAGACUCACAUGCUCGACCGACUCGUCCUGCUUGCUAGCACGAUUCAUGCCAUCCACGGGCAGACUCACGGUGUAUCGUAUACUAACCUGCUCGAAAACAGUCCGACUUUUUCCGAUCGAAGCAAGCUUCGAGUCUAUUGCAGUCUCCUGUUCGUGGUCCGUGGAUGGUGCUCUCCUUUGUUGCGAUGAAACCGGCACUGUUCGGUCCAUUCGUUUCGAAGAGGAGCAAUUGGAUAAUCGGGCACGAACGAUUCUUAGAUCUUCUGGCAAGGACGAUUCUUCUGAAGCGAUUCCUUCGCGAAAUAAUCGCAUGUUGGUGGGUCACGCUGAUGGAACGUUGGUCGUCGAUCGUCCGAUUACAGGCAGUUGCGAAGCUCGUGCUACGUUUUACAGAAAACCAUGGAAAGAUCAGGAAGACGAGUGGCGUUCAGCUUGGAGCAUAUUACUACCAUCAUAUCCAAGACAUGCAGAAAGCGACUCCAAUCGAGACAGAAUCUUGAUUCUCGGAGGGAACGGUGAUCUAUUCCAAAUGAUCGAUGCGUCGCGCGAUCAUCCGCCUCGCCUCGAGUUUCUACUGCGGGGCGACGCGAAUUACAUGAAUAUCGCUUCGUUACAUGGCCCAUACCUAGCAGCUCUAGAUCAGACUGAUCGUCUGACAAUUGUGGACGUUGAAACCGGUAAAUUCGCCUCACCGGCGAUACGUUUGACGCAUCAUGGCAAAGUUGUCGAUCUCGCCUCGCAUCCCGUGUUACCGAUUCUGGCAAGCUGUAGCAUCGCGGGGAAUUGUCUGUUCAUCAAGUUGUUCCCUACCUCGCCUCUUCGUCCGAGAAUAACACGUUGCGUUCAUCUUCAACGAGAAGCUGUGGAUCGCGUCAAGUUUUCCAACAAGGGUAACUUGUUGGGUGCCGCCUCGUCUGAAAUCGGUCGGCUGUUUCUUUUGUCGGUGAGCACCGCCGAGCCUAAGGAACGUGAUUACACGAAAUUAUAUAAGAUGACAAGUGAGAAAGUUGCAGCCUGGUUGAAUUUCGAACGAAAGAUAAUCGAUUUUCUGAUCUACGAAGUGGACCGAGAUCGAGCUAAAGUGCUGCUCCUUGCCGACUCGAACGAUUCCCGAGCUGGAAACGAGAUCGUCGUAUACUCGUGUCGAUUAUUUGACCGAUUAUUUAACUGCGCGAAGGACGCAGAUUACUCGAUAAAGCUUUUGUCUUCCUUCGAGCGUCUUCACCACGGAAGAGAAUCGAGCUGCGACAUAAUUGGCGUUCCAUAUCUCACGAAGCAGUUGCAUCGAAUAGAGUUGAAAGAAGAUUUCCAAGGCGCUUUACUAUCAGAAGCUCUACCAUCUCUACACCAAACCAGGUGUAUCUCAAUCGCCGUGCAUCACAAGAAAUCUUCAUCCUCGAGCGUAAUCACCUGCGGAUUCGACGGACUGAUCGUUUGGAGAGAUUGCACUCAACUGCGACGUGUAUUCGCUCUGUUCGUCGGGCAUCAUCGCGCAGAGGCUGGUGGCCGAUGUGCAAUCCUUGUCAACGGCACGAUCGUUUCCCUGGGUAGAAACGGCGAUUUGGUCGCCAAUAGGUUACCACACGCACGAACGGUUGGAUCAGAACAGGAAAAUCGUGGUUCGAAGUCGACCGGGUCUUUUCGUUGGAUGACACUCAGCCGUUUGGAAACGAGAAGACGAGCAGACGCGACGGAGAACGAAGAGAACGAGGAAGCGGAUACGUGGAUGGACGCGAUGCUUCACCGGCGGUUGAUGGCCGAGGAGAAACAAGCUCUGGAAACGCGUCUCUCUCUUCUUAAUGAUUGGAAGGAAUUGAAAUGUAAGAUAAAGACAUUAUUGGAUGCAAACGAAACGGCGCCACCAAACGUCCGACUGCCGAUUUCUGCGUUCGAUCUCGACCAGCGAGGCAGAGAACUCGCAUUAGCAACAGUCAGGUCGAAGGAGAACCAACUGAUCGAGAACGCCGAGGAACGAAUCGCGAGUAUAAAUCGUUCGAAGCAUUAUUUGCGCGAACGAUUUCUAGACCCUCUGAUCGUCCGACCGAGGAGCAUUUGUUCCUUGUUUGGUCGAUCGAAGGUCACCAAUUAUCCACUCGUUGAAUUUACACCUGAACAGACGCAUCUUCCAUUGUGGUGUCGAUUCUCGAUGAAAAUGAGGGAAUUGGUAUCCAGAUUAGAGGACGAGAACGAAGAACCACAAACGAUCGGCCUGAAGAAUCCAUCGUCUCGUUGCCACGGUUUUGUAGACGUUCUCGAAACGUGCGUUAACGCGGAUCACCAAGAGCGCCAGUUGAAGAUAAAAUUCAACGAACUGUUCGAGAAAACGCGAUCAACGAAGGAAAAAGAGAUGAGAGCAGCGAAUGAACGUGCCAAUGAAAUGCGACGUCUCGUUCUCGAACUGAAGCGUGUAUUCCACGUGGACGCGAGUUCCAGACUCUUCGAACUUCCAAAUUGGCAUCAGACAGAAAUAAUCGAGGAUGAGCUUGAACGAAGCAUGACGAAUGCACGGCCAGACAAACUCGAGGAAACCAACGACUGCGAGAAGAAUUUAAUCGAAGACGACAUAGGAAUAGAGACGAAUGAUAAUGAUUUUCGUCAAGAAAUGCUCGAAAGGAUGAUGGACGGUGUACUGGAAGUUCGAUUGGAGCACAGCGCGAAGAUGAACAUUCCAAAACCCGACUGUCUCUCCCGAAAAGAGCCGGCUAACUAUACUGAAGAAGACAUUCGUACGAUUGAGUCAUACGAGAAAAAGAUUCGCGCUCAAGAAGCCGAUCGGCAGAAAUACAAGUCGAUGCUGGAGGCUGAGAUCGAAAGGAUCAGUGGAGAGUUCUCGAGCAGCGUGAAAUCUUUCGACGACGAGUUGAACGAAUUGUCCGGAGAAAAGAUAAUAGUCGAGCGAUCGAUACUUUCACAGAGACUAUCCAAGGUACAGGCGAUCCUGCAGCAUCGAAAAAUCGUUCGUAAACGACGAGAGAUACGACGCGUUAUCGAGUCGGAGCUUGUGCCCGCGACGAAGGAGGCGCGCAACCUCGCCGAACAACGCGAUUUGUUCGAGAUGGGUGUCGCGGAAUUGAGAGUCAGCUACGAGAACGCGUGUAAACGUGACAAGCAGCUGGAGACGAAAUUUCGGUCGGAGUUCACCGAGGUGAAACCGUCGAUCUUGGAAAAAUUGUUACGACAUUAUCGUAAAAGACCGAGAUUAUUAACUGCACACGGAUCCGUGGCGCUCCUCGCCGAACUCGUUGCUUGUGUCACUGAACAACGUGAUUCUGACAUUUUGCCUAGAGAGUGUUCCAACUAUUUGCGAACUCUGGACGAGCUGGAUGUGAUGCCGGAAGCGUUGACGAGUCAAUUAGAAUGGAACUGUUGGCGUCUUCUCUGUAAUCUUAGGAGGCUCAAGGUGGAAGCGGAAAUAAAGGUCAAAAGCUGCGCGAUCGAGUUGGCGGAAGCGGAACAGAGCCUGGUGUUCCUGCGAAACGCGUGCUCCAUUGGCCGUGAGAAGAUCGAUCGAUGCAAGCAGACGAUAGAACGUUUAGAAAAAUCGUUCGCGGAUCUGACGCAGGAUCGGGAGAUCGCGUUGCUUUUAAAAAUGAAUCAAAUCUACGUUGAAGCCAAAGGUGAUCCACGCACCGAUUGGAAGGAUGCGGUUUUGACACCGCAAGAAGAACUGGACCGAGCAAAUCAGGCGAUCGCGAAGGCUGAACGACGAAGAUCGCUGGCUGUACGACGAGUGGCUGACAUGAAGGAAAUCGUGUCGUUCGAAGAGUGGCGUCACGCGUGCGAGAAGAAGAGAAUGGAAGAUUUGCAAGAGUACGCGAGAGAACUUGAUUUCAUCAAGGUGAGCAGAAUCGCGCGUGAAUGUUGUCAGCGUUUGACUCGUGAAACAUCGUCGUCGAAAGAAGAGGAAGACAUGAGUGUCCAAAACAUGUUGCAAGUUCAACGUACGUGGCGUCUUGACGUUGCGAAACGAAAGAGAAGCAAUUUGAAACGGAUGGAGAAAGAAAUUCAAACCUGGCGACGAAGGAACAUCGAAUCGACGAACGAGAUCGAUCGAUCGUUGAUCGAGAAGGAGAAUUUAAUUAUCGCGUCGCGAGAUCCUUUACGUUUACGAGUCACAGCUUUUCGAAAGUGCAGAUUGCGAGCGAUAAGGCGAAAGGCGCGUUUGGCGCGAGAAGUUCGAGACAAUUCGGAACAAUUGUCUAUUCUCGAGACUCGUUUGGAGAUUUCCAAGUUGCGAACUUAUCCAACAUUGAAAUUAAAAUUUUAAUUACCCUUCAGUCGUGUCGCCUUCAGUCAGUGACGUUCUGUUUGCCAUUUCGAAAUCGAAGAAAUGCUGAAGUUCCAUUAUUUCUAUCAUGUUUGUUUCUCUUCCUUCAAUUGAAAAGAAAACAUUCAGUUGUUAUUUCAUAACAGUCUGUAUAAUUGUUGUAUACACGUGAUAUGCUUGCGACAUUAAGAACAUUUUUU